GGAGACAUUGUUUGCCUUCCCCUUUCUACAGUUCGACGUCCUCCAAAGCUUCAGAAAAGACCGAUCAAUCGAUCAUAACGUAGAAUCUUGUACAGCGCCAUUUUUUGACCUUAUUGUUCAUUCUUCCUCAUUGUACGGAGUCUGAUUGCUUGAAAGUUCAUUCCUGGUAAUCGAUUCAUCUACCACGAAACCCUAGCUCCGACUUUUAUAAAAAAACACAUACGGAGUAUAAAUCAGUAUAGAGAAGGGAGAAGGCGUGUGAUUGCGAUGGAGGAUAAUGCGAGGGGAGGAUAUGUAUCGGAUGAAAUGCUAGGAACGUUUGUGCCCAUAGUGGUGUAUUGGUUGUACUCAGGUUUGUAUUCAUUGUUGGGAGGUUUGGAGAAUUACAGGUUGCAUUCGAAGAAAGAGGAAGAUGAGAAGAAUUUGGUCAAUAAGAAGGAAGUUGUCAAAGGUGUGAUUCUCCAACAGGCUGUGCAGGCCAUUGUUGCCACUAUCCUCUUUGCGGUCACCACAAAUGAUAGUGAGGCUGCUGUGGAUCAGCAACAGUCAUCUGUUGUCGUUCUCAUAAGGCAAUUCGUCAUUGCUAUGGCAGUGCUAGACACGUGGCAAUAUUUCAUGCACAGAUACAUGCAUCAAAACAAGUUUCUGUACCGCCAAAUCCAUUCUCAGCAUCACCGGCUUGUUGUCCCUUAUGCUUUUGGAGCCCUGUACAACCACCCUCUAGAGGGUCUCAUUCUUGACACAGUUGGUGGGGCCAUGGCUUUCCUCGCCUCCGGCAUGUCUCCUAGGGUUUCAAUCUUCUUCUUCUCCUUUGCCACUGUCAAGACAGUGGAUGAUCACUGUGGACUAUGGUUGCCCGGGAACCUCUUCCACAUCUUCUUCAAGAACAACUCGGCUUACCAUGACAUUCAUCACCAGUUUUAUGGCAGCAAAUACAACUUCUCGCAACCUUUCUUCGUGAUGUGGGAUAGAAUUCUUGGCACCUACAUGCCUUACAAACUUGAGCCAAGGGAUGGUGGCGGUUUCGAAGCUAGACCUGCUACAGAUGGUUGCAAGGAGGAUUGACGAAACCUCUGUUUUUAAUGGUUUCUCACACUUCGGUGGCACUUUUUGGUUUGUAUAUAGACAUAUGGUUUCAAAUAUAAUACUCGUAUAUUGUUGUAUGAUAUGUUGCUCUUCAAGUGUGUGUGAGGUUUAUAGAUGUGAGUUUUUUUUUAAAAUUAUAAAUGAUUUAUUUUAAA